GGUGCAGCAGCGCACAGGGAGCGCGUCUCACAGGUAGUCAGCGCCUCGGCGACGCGGGACGCGCUGCCGCCGCUGGCCAAGGUGCUGGACACUACCGACCUGUCGGCCACCUCGCCAGCUCAGUUGCCCGUUGCAGCCGCGGCUGCCUCGCUCCCACCUGGGUCCCCAUGGAAGAGAUGGAAGAAGAGUUAAAAUGCCCCGUGUGCGGGUCCUUCUAUCGGGAGCCCAUCAUCCUGCCCUGCUCCCACAAUUUAUGUCAGGCGUGCGCUCGCAACAUCCUGGUGCAAACCCCGGAGUCUGAGUCCCCCCAGAGCCGUCGGGCCUCGGGCUCCGGGGUCUCCGACUAUGACUACCUGGACCUGGACAAGAUGAGUCUGUACAGCGAAGCGGACAGCGGCUAUGGCUCCUACGGGGGUUUUGCCAGCGCCCCCACUACUCCGUGCCAGAAGUCCCCCAACGGAGUCCGCGUGUUCCCCCCAGCUAUGCCGCCACCGGCCACCCACCUGUCACCGGCCUUGGCCCCGGUGCCCCGCAACUCCUGUAUCACCUGCCCCCAGUGCCACCGCAGUCUCAUCCUGGAUGACCGGGGUCUCCGUGGCUUCCCCAAGAACCGCGUCCUGGAAGGGGUAAUUGACCGCUACCAGCAGAGCAAAGCCGCGGCCCUCAAGUGCCAGCUCUGCGAGAAGGCGCCCAAGGAGGCCACCGUCAUGUGCGAACAGUGCGAUGUCUUCUACUGCGAUCCGUGCCGCCUUCGCUGCCAUCCGCCCCGGGGCCCCCUAGCCAAGCACCGCCUGGUGCCUCCGGCCCAGGGCCGCGUGAGCCGGCGGCUGAGCCCGCGCAAGGUCUCCACCUGCACAGACCACGAGCUGGAGAACCACAGCAUGUACUGCGUGCAGUGCAAGAUGCCCGUGUGCUAUCAGUGCUUGGAGGAAGGCAAACACUCCAGCCACGAAGUCAAGGCUCUGGGGGCCAUGUGGAAACUGCACAAGAGCCAGCUGUCCCAGGCGCUGAACGGGCUGUCGGACAGGGCCAAAGAAGCCAAGGAGUUCCUGGUGCAGCUCCGCAACAUGGUCCAGCAGAUCCAGGAGAACAGUGUGGAGUUUGAGGCCUGCCUGGUGGCCCAGUGUGAUGCCCUCAUCGACGCCCUCAACAGGAGGAAAGCCCAGCUGCUUGCACGCGUCAACAAGGAGCAUGAGCACAAGCUGAAGGUGGUUCGAGAUCAGAUCUCUCACUGCACAGUGAAAUUGCGCCAGACCACGGGUCUCAUGGAGUACUGCCUGGAGGUGAUAAAGGAAAAUGAUCCUAGUGGCUUUUUGCAGAUUUCUGACGCCCUCAUAAGGAGAGUGCACCUGACUGAGGACCAGUGGGGGAAAGGCACGCUCACUCCCAGGAUGACCACAGACUUCGACUUGAGUCUGGACAACAGCCCUCUGCUGCAGUCCAUUCACCAGCUCGACUUCGUGCAGAUGAAAGCUCAGCCCAGGAACUGUGAUGCUAUCCAUUUUCAAACCACAAAAGCUUCCUCUCCAGUCCCAGCAACCCCCAUCCUACAGCUGGAGGAGUGCUGCACCCACAACAACAGCGCCACGCUGUCCUGGAAGCAGCCGCCUCUGUCCACGGUGCCCGCUGAAGGAUACAUUCUGGAGCUGGAUGAUGGCAAUGGUGGUCAGUUCCGGGAAGUGUAUGUCGGAAAGGAGACCAUGUGCACCGUGGACGGUCUUCACUUCAACAGCACGUACAACGCUCGCGUCAAGGCCUUCAACAAAACAGGAGUCAGCCAGUACAGCAAGACCCUGGUCCUCCAGACGUCCGAGGACACAGAUUCAGAAGAACAGACACCCCCUUUUCCAGUGCCUUCGGAAAGAUUGCCGCUCCGUAGAAUGAGUCCUUUCUCCUCCACCCUAAAUCUACAGCCCAGCUUUCCCGGGAGAUCCUACUUUGAUUUCCGAUCCUCACCCCACCAGCUGAGCUUGCAUUCCUCCUUACAGUCUCUCAAUGCACCGGGAUGCAAUUUUGAGCCACAAUCUGCACCUUACUCUCAAUUAGUUGACAUUAAAAAGCUGUUGGCAGUGGCCUGGUUUGCUUUUGACCCCGGCUCAGCACACGCGGACAUCAUCUUCUCCAACGACAACCUGACUGUGACCUGCAGCAGCUACGACGACCGGGUGGUGCUGGGGAAGACCGGCUUCUCCAAGGGUGUCCACUACUGGGAGAUAACUGUGGACCGCUACGACAACCACCCCGACCCUGCCUUUGGCGUGGCUCGCAUCGACGUGAUGAAGGAUGUGAUGUUAGGAAAGGACGACAAAGCUUGGGCAAUGUAUGUGGACAAUAACCGGAGCUGGUUCAUGCACAACAACUCGCACACCAACAGAACUGAGGGAGGGAUCGCAAAGGGGGCCACCAUCGGAGUCCUCCUCGACUUAAACAGGAAAACCUUGACAUUUUUUGUCAACGACGAACAGCAAGGGCCCAUCGCCUUCGAGAACAUGGAGGGCCUCUUCUUCCCGGCAGUGAGCCUGAACAGGAAUGUGCAGGUCACGCUCCACACCGGGCUCCCAGUCCCCGACUUCUACUCCAGCAGAGCAUCAAUAGCCUGAGGAUGGGCCGCGGAAGCGCCAGCUGCCUGCUCUUCCCUCCACCUGAGAAGCAACUGCAAGGAGCUCAGCCAGAGCGUGGUGGGAUGCCAGAGAGCUGGAAGGAGAGGGAGAAGGAGGAGAGCAAAGCUGGUCCUCUAUGCUAGUUACACCCCACAGCUCCGCCCCUUCCCUCCCAACCUCUCUCUUGCUGUAAUGCCUGCGUGCGCUCCCAUGUUCAGCAAUUCCAACCAGCGAAGGACCCAGACAGCCCACGUGUUGCUUCGUUUCCUCUCUCAGAUUUUGCUUUUAGUUAACUUCAUUUUUAUGUAGGUGAGUGACAUUGUGUUUCCCUGCUGGUCGUGUUAUCAGUGACAUAUGGAACUGGCCCUGCCAAGAGGAAAUUCCCCUGAUAACUUGUUUUCUUAAGCUUUCUGUCAGAGGCUGUAGGGAGAGGUAGGGAAGAAGGAGCUGAAUUUGGAGCCUGCAGUUCACCUCCUAGAAUGUCCUUGCCCUGCUACCCCUCGUGCAGUGUUCGCUCUGCAUAGCUGAUCUUUGGGGGGUGGACAGAGUGAAGGUAGCCUUGGAAAGUUUCCUUAUCCAUUGAAGCACAAAAGGAUCAGCUACACACCUACAUCGUGGGUAGGGCCGUUAGGAUAGCUGCGUCAUUAGGACAGGCCAGAACCCUGGUCAUUGAAUGAAAACGGAAAGUCUCCAGACAUAAGCAGACCAGGGCACUUAACAAUUUGGUUCAUUUCUUUAAUACACGUUUUUGAUUGAGAGCCUACGAUGGACCAGGCACUAUUCUAGACACAGGAGACUGGUGAGGACACAGGUGUGGUCUCUGUCCUCCUAGGAGAACAACCCAAAAUAAAAUGAUAGCAAAUUGAAAAGAAGCAACUGCAAGGAAGUAAACUAGAAAGGAAGUAAACAAGGGAAAGAGAGGCUCAUUGGCAAGAUCUUUUGAACCCCCUGCCAUGAUGCUAAAAAUCCACAUAUUUUGGCCAUAGCACCAGAAACAUACCCACUCAAUGCCUUUUCCACCGUGCUGUUUUAAUUAGGGUACCUGCUGCCAUUCAUCACAGAGCCCUUCCUUAGUAGAAAUGAUGUCAGCAUUCUUACUGGUUAAUGCUUCAAUGAUACUAAGCCUUAAAAAUGUAGGGGGAGUAGGGAAUAGUGGCCAGAGGAGGUGGGCCCGUCCUCAGUAGUGGGAAUCUUGGGUUUCGGGCCAUCUUAUCGCAUUCUCAGGAUAAACACGCUCACCCCACGUACUGCUCUCUGUGCCUGUGACAGAUGAACAAAUCCAUCCUCUCUGCUGCCAUUACAACCUGCCUUCCUAGAGCUGUUCAAAUAAUGUUUGGAAGAAAAUGAAAUUGUAUGCAAUUGCUAUGAGUGAUAGCAAAGUGAUAAUGCUUGUUACUUCUAUAGAGGGAGACUGGCAUAUAACAUCCCCUUCAGAUUCUUUAGUUUAACAUUACAUUUUAGAAAAUGUAGGACCUGGAAGGAUGUUCUGAUUAGUGGUCUACAUAUUCACCAGUGAGCCAAGAAAUUCACCAUGAAAAAAACAACAACACACACACACUCACAACAAGAAUAACAAAUAAAAGGGAAGAGGUAGGAUGGGAAAGCUAACAAAUUAAAGUUUUGGCAAAAAAAGUAACAUAUGUAAAUAGCUACUGAUUUGGUUUUGUGCUUACCUGAUUUAGAUUAGUUCUCUCAGUUACAGUUUUUCUAGUCACGUGUACCUAAUUUAUUGAAUGGGUGCUAUCCUGUUUCCGUCCGUCCUGGUUUCUCUUGGCUACAGAAAACCUCUGUUGCAGGGCAACUCUAGUUUGAUAUUUGAUUUACUCUCCAAAUGAGACUCGAUGGCUGGGCCGCUGUAGACUCAUAGUUACCCUUGUUCUUUAUGAAAUUCAUCCUGCUAAUUAGAUUUCUAGUGACUUGUAACAUGUAGUUUACACAGAAUUGCAAGACUAGAAGCUGCUGUACUAGAAAAAAAAUGAUCUUUCUGGUGUGCCAAUAAAUGAUUUUUAUGAGAGAACAUGA